AUGCCACCCAAGCCCAAGGCAACGUCGCCGACGAAGAAGAAGGCCAAAGAGACCAAGGCCUCGGAUGCUAUUGCCUCGGACACGCCCAAGAGCGGCGACGUGCCAGCACAAGCCACGGAAACCGACGACGCCGACAUUUACCACGAGCCUGUCAAGAAGAUCGUCGUUCCAGACAACCAGCUACGCCUCAAUGAGCAAGAGCUCAAGGAAGAGUUCUCGCGGGUCCUCACGGCCAACGACCCGAACGUGCCCAAUAAUAUCACCAAGUACAACUACAAGGAGCGCAUGUACAAAGUUGAUCCCCCGGGACCGGCGACAACUUGCUCCAUGAUCCACAAAGAGUCGGAAGACGCCAAGGCACAAGCGGCGUACGACAUGAAGAAGGCCGAGGAAGAGAAGGAAGCACGGGAUGCUGCGAUCAAGAUUGCCAAGGAAGAGGCCGAGGCAAAAGGUGAAAAGCUCGACGAGACGGCGCUCCAGUUUGAGUCGGGGAAGAACCAGUUCAACUACAGCGAGCGGGCGGCACAGACGUACACGAACCCGCUGCGGCAGCGGUCGGUGGAGACGGAGCCUCCGCCCGUGCUCAACUACAUGGCCACUGUGACGCAG